CUCAUUUGAGCCGCGUUAUUUCACAGGAUGUUUGAUCCUCGAUGGAUGCCGUAGAACGAAGAGCUACGCGCGUAUUAUGUUGCUUGAGAGGCGGGGCUAGAUGUAGCGCACACUGAUAGGUAAACAUGUGAUUCAAAGUACCAAACUGGCCCAAAAGUAAAUUUGACGCUGUUUGAAGUGUACAUUAAGAAAGCCGCGAUGGAUCAGGGUCUGGAAAUGGCGUCUAUGAUCCCCGCUUUGCAGGAGCUUGAUAGUGCCAGUCUGAUGGACUACAACAAUGUUGUGCAGAAGCCACGUCAAAUACUUUGCCAAUUUAUUGACAGAAUAUUGACAGAUGUUGAUGUUGUUGCGUUAGAACUUUCCAAGAAGAAUGAUUCACAACCUGCUUGUUCAAUGCUGCUUGAUUUUAUUCAGCAUAUUAUAAAAUCAUCACCCCUGAUAUUUGUGAACCCUGCCUGUGAUCCCGAACUACAAAUACAGGUUGAAAAUAGCUCUUCAGAAUUCACAUUUUGGAUUAUAAGAAGACUUUUACGUAUCAUUGCAUCCCCUGACUGUGUGAUUUUGCAUAGAAAAACUGCCAGCGUCAUAUGUACUGUAUUCCAGUUAUUCAGAGCCAAAGGCUUAAGGGUAUUUAAUCUGUUAGUGAAAGAGCUCAUUUAUCUCUUUCAGGACUUAAUGUGUAUUCACAAAACUAUUUUUCAAGAUGGAAAAAAUAAAAAUCAAUGUACCUGGCCAGUUUUAAUUAACAGAUUUUUUACAGAACCAAAAGUGGCUGUUGAAUAUUUGACAGAAGCAACAUUCCAUCUAUUUUCAGUAUUAUCAAUUGAACAUCUUGAAGAAACACUGCUUCUAAUUCUUACAGACCUUCUGCCUGGGCUGUUCUGUAGAAGGCAAGAGAUUAGUCUUUGGGAAAUAGGCUGUACUCUUUUGCAGUUUGGAAGUCCUAAAAUAAAAAGCACAGCCAUGAAUCUGAUAGCUCAAAUGAUAAAACUUAAUGGAUUUACUGGGAAAAAUCAAUUCUGUCUUUUUCUACCUUUUCUUGAGCUUUUACAGUCCUUUGAUGGGACUAAAAGAGAAGUUUUGCAGCUGUAUGAAAAACCCUUUCAGACGUUAACACAAUCUUUUUUUCCACCUGAGGCAGAAGCAUACAAAUGUAUUGAGCCAGUUUAUUUAAAUAUGCUGAUGCAUAAUCUCUGCCAACUGCUCCAGAAAGGCCUGCUUAAAACCCUUGAAUCUGAAAGCUUAAAAACAUCUCUGUGUGAGUUGUUUCAAUACAUUGUAAAAGUUGUCCCAUUUGGGUAUGAAUCAGCAACACCCAUACGGAAAGAACGUAUUAAGAGCGUUUGUGAAGCUUUUAUUGAAAUGAUUGGGACACAAAAAAGCCAGCAGUGUUUAGUAAAUUGCAUACAUGCAGCCCUGAAGAGUGAGGUGAUGGAGUUAUGUCAAUUAUCACAUUCCAACAUUUAUGGAAGUGAGGAAAUUCCUGCCAAACGGUCACGCUUAGCCACAGGGAACAAAGAUGCUAAGCAAGUCAAGUGUAUUUCUAACAUUUCCCUUAUAGAUGUUAAGAUGAAAUGUAAGAUCUGGGAUACCAUUGAGAAACGAUUGAUGACACUACUAUCUGUACUUAAAGAACCAUCUUUAACUCCACCAGUUGACUGCUUGGAAGGGAUUGCUGUGAUAAUGCACCUAGCAGCUUUGUGUUCAUGUCACUCUUGCCCUCCAUUUCCUGUCAGCAAUGAAAACAAUAAAAGAAAGUUCAUGGAGAGGAGUGAUAGUGAAGGUCACAAUUAUGUCCCAGCUGUCAAAACACAGCUGCAGUGGAUAAGAGCUGAGCAAAUGUCUCAUAUUCUGGAUCUCUGCAGAAAGUUGCUGACAUCUACAGAUAGUGGAGAUGAUCUCGGUGAAGCAGUUGACCAAAUUCUGAGGAUUGUUGACUCCAUUAUCUACAUACAUGGUAAAGUCAACAAUCAGCUUGAGGGGGGUAUUCAUAAAAGCCUUUGUGCUAUGAUGUCAUUGCCCUGGGUUUGGGAACACUCCUCCCAUUCCACCUUCCAGUCAGCAGGCUUUAGUUCCAGUCUUGUUGCUUUAAGUCAAAAGCUGUCCAGUAGUUUCUCAUAUCAAGCUCAAGCACAAUGUGUGUUCCUGUUAUCAUUACUACCUGCAAAGAUUUGCCCUGACUGGAGGACAGCAGUGUAUCGGUGGGCCUUGCAAAGUCCAAGUGAAGUUGUUCGUGCAAGUGCAGUUAAAGGUUUUCCAAACCUUCUCUGUAAUCUAGGAGCAAAAUCAAAUAACCUGAUACACGAAGUGUUACUGAGUAAGCUCCAAGAUAAUUCUGUACUGGUUAAAAUGGAAAUGGCUGGAGUUGUAGGGCCCAUAGCUUGUUGUCUGUCAGAAGCAUUUGAGCUAAUGGUCUCAAGCAAAGAACCUGAGGAUCAAAGUUUUCUCUGUAAUAAUCUUGUUAUAACUUCAUCAUGUAGUGAUUCAAUAACUAGAAUUGGGCCUUCCAUUUUCACUCCAUUUGUGAUUCUUCUGAAACCAGAAAUUGACAGUUCUGUGAAAUUAAAUUUUAUAAAAACAUUUCCCCUCCUUUGUAAACAUCUGGACCUACGGCCCAGUGAUCCAGAUGCUAAAACUGUUGUAAGUGCUCUGAUACAUCUCAUUGAAGAUCCCAGCGAAGCUGUUCGAUUGAUGUUUUGUCAGUAUGUAAAAUAUUUAAUAGUGGCUUGGGAAGCUGAAGAUGGUCCACUAAAAGAGAUUCUUGUUUCAAGACUGAAGGAUGCUUAUACCAAUGCUAAAGCAACAAAGAAUACUGAUCUAAAAAACACCUUAAUACGCACCACUGGAGAGAUUGGCAGUGCUGCCAAAGGGGACUUGGUUCCAUUUGCUCUGCUUCACUUAUUACACUGUCUUUUGUCUAAGUCUACUUCUGUCUCUGUGACUGCAUACACAGAAAUUAGGGCUUUGGCUUCAGCCAAACAAUUAAAACUACAGCUUUUCUUCAGCCAGAACAAAAAGUCAAUUUGUCAGUUUCUGAUUGAGUCUUUGCACUCUAGACACCUCACUGCGCUCAGCAAUACUCCAAGACAUAGCCAGGAGCGGCUCCAGCAAGAAGUGGCACAUCAGCGAGAAGUUGCACUGGACAUUUUAUCUCAAGUAGCACAUGUGUUUGAAUUCCCUGAUUUGAAUCGGUUUCUUAAUCGUACAUUGCAGGUCCUUCUUCCUUUAUUGGCUGCUAAGGCAAGUUCCACAUCUUCUGCAUUGAUUCGGACCAUUGCUAAGCAACUGAAUGUAAACCGCAGGGAGAUUCUCAUUAAUAACUUCAAAUAUAUAUUUUCACAUUUGGUCUGCUCCUGCUCAAAAGAUGAGUUGGCACGUUCAUUUCAUUACCUCAAGAAUGAAACAGAAAUUGAAUUGGGAAGCCUGUUAAGACAAGAUUUUCAAGGUCUACAUAAUGAGCUGUUGUUACGUCUUGGUGAGCACUAUCAACAGGUCUUCAAUGGGCUGGCUAUUCUAGCAUCAUUUGCAUCCAGUGAUGACCCCUACCAAGGGCCAAGAGAAAUUACUACACCUGAGCUGAUGGCCGAUUAUCUCCAGCCCAAGCUUUUAGGUAUUUUGGCUUUUUUCAACAUGCAUCUUCUGAGCUCUAGUGUUGGAGAGAAAGAAAAGAAAAAAAUGGCUUUAAACAGCUUGGUAUCUUUGAUGACACUCAUGGGCCCAAAACACAUUAGUUCUGUGAGAGUCAAGAUGAUGACUACAUUGAGAACAGCACUAAGAUACAAAGAUGACUUCCCUCAGCUUUGUUGCAAAGCCUGGGAUUGCUUUGUCCGAUGCAUAGAUAAAGUUUAUUUGGGACCUCUUCUUAGUCAUGUUAUCGUUGGAUUACUUCCUCUAAUUCCUUCACAGCCAAAAGAAACUGCUGUUAUAUUUCAUUACCUCAUUGUUGAAAACAGAGCUGCAGUUCAGGACUUCCUUCAUGAGAUCUAUUUUUUACCUGAUCAUUCAGAGCUGAAAGAGAUUCAGAAAGUUUUACAUGACUAUAGAAAGCAAACCUCCAAGAGUACAGACUUGCAGGCAUCUCUUCUUCAAUCCAUGAGAGCUGUUCAACAUGAGAAUGUAGAUAUACGAAUACAUGCUCUUACCAGCUUAAAGGAGAUGAUGUAUAAGAAUCAGGAAAAACUUAUUCAGUAUGCAAUGGAUAGUGAAACUGUCGAGCCAAUAAUAUCCCAGAUGGUAACAAUCCUGCUAAAAGGCUGUCAGGAUACAAAUUCUGAAGUACGUCUUCUGUGUGGAGAAUGUUUGGGGGAACUGGGAGCUAUUGACCCUGGACGGCUAGACCUGAACACAACAAGCACACAAGGCAAAGGAUCAAAGUUUGUGAGUGGGGUUGAAGAUGCCAGUUUUGCCAAAGAUCUUUUGACUGAACUAACCAGGGCCUUUCUUGCUUAUGCAGAUGAUGUGCGUGCGCAGGACUCUGCUGCCUAUGCAAUGCAGGAGCUCCUUGCCAUUUAUGAAUGCAGGGAAGGCCGCAGUGAUUGUCCAGGUCGCAGGCUGUGGAGGCAGUUUCCUGAACAAGUGCAAGAGAUAUUAGAACCACACUUGAACAGCAGGUAUAAAAGCUCUCAAAAAGCAUUAAACUGGGACAAAAUUAAGAAACCUAUCUAUUUAAGUGAUCUAGGAAGAAGUUUUGCUACAUGGUCUGCAACAUGGGCAGGAUAUUUGAUCACUAAGGUCAAACAUGAAUUAGCAAGCAAGGUUUUUAAUUGUUGCAGCUUCAUAAUGAAGCAUGACUACAAAGUGGCCAUAUAUCUACUCCCACAUAUACUGGUCUAUGUUUUACUGGGUUGUACUGAAGAGCAUCAGCAGGAGGUUUAUGCAGAAAUUAUGGCUGUUUUGAAUGAAGACAGUCAUAGGAUGGUAAGGCUACAGGAUGGUGCUUCAGAUCUCAUCCAACUUAGUACACAGACUGUUUUCUCAAUGUAUGACCAUCUUACUCAGUGGUCCAGACACACUUUGCAGACUCUGAACACAGAAAAGAGUAAAGAGCGUCCAAACAGAGACAGAGAACAGAAGAAGUUGAACAUGGAGGUCUCUGACUAUAAAAAGGUAAUUCAGUUCCUUGAUCUAAUUCCCCAGGACAUCUUGGCUAGAGCCUCUUUCCGCACUAAAGCCUACACUCGAGCAGUGAUGCAUUUUGAGUCUUUCAUCUUUGAAAAGAAACAAAAUAUUCAAGAUCAUCUUAGCUUUUUGCAGUCUCUAUAUGCUGCUAUGCAUGAACCAGAUGGUGUAAGUGGCGUCAAUGCUAUUAGAAAAGAAGAGCCUUCACUAAGAGAGCAGAUUUUGGAACAUGAAAGCAGUGGUUUGCUGCGUGAUGCCACUGCAUGCUAUGACAGAGCAAUUCAGCUUGAGCCAGACCAGAUUGCUCAUUAUCAUGGGUUAAUGAAGUCUAUGCUGGGUCUUGGUCAGCUUUCUACAGUUAUAACUCAGGUCAAUGGAGUGCUUGCUAACAGACCUCAGUGGAAAUCUGAGCUAAAUACAUACAGAGUGGAAGCAGCCUGGAAGCUAACUCAGUGGGACCUGGUUGAAGAAUAUGUUGUGUCAGAUGAUAACUCUAAUACCUGGAGUGUGCAACUUGGUCAUAUGCUACUUGCAGCCAAAAAAAGGGAUGCUGAGACAUUUUAUGAAAAAUUAAAAGUAGUUAGAACUGAACAGGUUGUGCCUUUGUCUGCUGCAAGUUAUGAAUGGGGUUCUUAUCAAAGAGGAUAUGAAUACAUCGUAAGACUGCAUAAGCUAUGUGAGCUAGAACAUGUUUUCUGGGAACUACAGAAAGAAGGUGCCAGAGAGAUGGAACUGACCCAGACACUUAAAUGGCAGGCUCGUCUAGAAAUGACACAAAACUCCUUUCGUGCCAAAGAGCCUAUUCUUGCUCUUCGCAGAGCAUUGCUCAGUCUCGCUAAAAAGACCGACAAUGAAGAUUUAAUUGGAGAAUGCUGGCUUCAGAGUGCUAGAGUUGCCAGAAAGGCAGGCAUUCAUCAGACUGCUUAUAAUGCUCUUCUAAAUGCAGGAAAUUCACGUCUCUCAGAACUUUAUGUAGAGAAGGCAAAAUGGCUGUGGUCAAAGGGUGAUGUCCACCAAGCAUUGAUUGUUCUUCAAAAAGGAGUGCAACAGUGUUUUCCUGAUGAUAAAGAACCAAGUGAUAUGAAAAGCAUUCAGAUUAAAGGUAGAGCCAUGCUGCUUGUUGGCCGCUUCAUGGAAGAAACUGCCAAUUUUGAAAGCAAUGCAAUAAUGAAAGCAUACAAGGAUGUAACAAACUUGCUGCCGGAAUGGGAAGAUGGUAAUUUUUACCUAGCAAAAUAUUAUGAUAAAUUGAUGCCUAUGGUUACAGAAAACAAAAUGGAAAAACAAGGGGAUUUGAUUCGUUACAUUGUCCUUUUUUUUGGAAAAUCAUUGCAGUUUGGAAACCAAUACAUCUACCAGUCUAUGCCAAGAAUGCUUACUCUUUGGCUAGAUUUUGGUGCAAAAGUGUAUGAGUGGGAAAAGGCUGGGCGCUCUGAUCGUUUGCAAAUGAAGGCAGAUCUUGGCAAGAUAAAUAGAGUUAUUUCAGAGCACACCAACCAUCUGGCUCCUUACCAGUUCCUGACAGCCUUCUCCCAGCUGAUUUCUCGAAUAUGUCACUCUCAUGAUGAAGUCUUUACAGUGCUUAUGGAGAUAAUUGCUAAGGUGUUUCUAGCCUACCCUCAACAGGCUAUGUGGAUGAUGACUGCAGUGUCAAAGUCAUCUUAUCCAACUCGAGUUAGCAGAUGCAAAGAAAUUCUGAGAAAAGCUGCUGAUCUGAAAAACUCCUUGGAGAAGUUUAUUGGUGAUGCUAACCGAUUAACUGAUAAGCUGUUGGAGCUCUGCAACAAACAGGUGGAUAGUAGCAGUACAACCCUGAGUAUGAGCAUUCAUUUCAAACAACUUAAGAAGCUGGUUGAGGAGCCUGCCUUUAGUCAAAUUCUCAUACCACUACAGUCUGUCAUGACACCAACUCUUCCUUCAACAGCUGGGACCCAUACUAACCAUGAUCCAUUUCCAGGACAUUGGGCAUAUAUCUCAGGAUUUGAUGACACAAUUGAAAUACUUGCCUCCCUUCAGAAGCCAAAGAAAAUUUGUCUAAAAGGCUCAGAUGGGAAACUUUAUACUAUGAUGUGCAAGCCUAAAGAUGACCUGCGCAAAGAUUGUAGACUUAUGGAGUUCAAUUCGCUCAUCAACAAGAGUUUACGUAAAGAUGCAGAAUCCCGCAGACGAGAACUUCAUAUUCGCACAUACGCAGUUCUCCCACUAAAUGAAGAGUGUGGAAUAAUUGAAUGGGUAAACAACACAUCUGGUCUCAGACAGAUCGUAAAUAAACUAUAUAAAGAAAAAGGCUGUUAUAUGACUGGAAAAGAACUGAGGCAAUGCAUGCUUCCAAAGUCCGCCCAGUUACAAGAAAAACUAAACAUUUUCAAAGAGGUUCUACUACCUCGGCAUCCACCUGUUUUCCAUGAAUGGUUCCUAAGAACUUUCCUGGAUCCUGCAUCAUGGUACAGUAGUAGGUCUGCUUACUGUCGUUCUACUGCAGUAAUGUCUAUGGUUGGUUAUAUUUUGGGACUUGGUGACCGCCAUGGGGAAAAUAUCUUAUUUGACUCUUCAACAGGAGAGUGCAUUCAUGUCGACUUCAACUGCUUGUUUAAUAAGGGAGAAACAUUUGAUGUGCCAGAAGUAGUUCCAUUUCGCUUAACGCACAAUAUGGUUCAUGCUAUGGGCCCAAUGGGGACAGAGGGACUUUUCCGACAAGCAUGUGAAGUAACUCUGAGAUUAAUGCGGGAUCAGCGAGAGCCUUUAAUGAGUGUUUUGAAGACCUUCCUUCAUGAUCCAUUGGUGGAAUGGAGCAAGCCACUCAAAGGAAACUUAAAGUCACUAGUAAAUGAGUCUGGAGAGAUUGUUAAUGAAAAGGCAAAGACCCAUGUCCUUGAUAUAGAUCAAAGACUUCAAGGUGUGAUUAAGAACAGAAAUAAAGUGAAGGGUUUGCCCCUUUCUAUUGAAGGACAUGUUCACUAUCUCAUCCAGGAAGGAACAGAUGAAAAUAUGCUGUGCCAGAUGUACUUGGGCUGGGCUCCCUAUCUGUGAGGAGCUGCGCUGUCAUGAUAAAGCCAUAUUCAUGAAAUUCGGCUCCUUAGUAAGUUGCUGCUGCUAUAUACAUAGUUUAUCUUUGUAUUGUAAAUGGUAAGAUAUCAAAUUUUGUAUAAAUAAAUACCUUUGUAACUUCAAG